GUGGAUUAUGUGACAACAUCAUCCAGGACAUCAUCUAUGGCUUCCUGGUUCUGCCCAACUCCAUCAAAAUCCCUCUGGUGGGAGAAGCUCAACUGGCCCAGUUGCGCUUCCCCAUGCCCAAGGGCCUCCUGAGAAUCCACUUCAUCGAGGCCCAGGACUUGCUGAGUAAAGACAAGUUACUCGGAGGGCUGAUUAAAGGCAAGUCCGAUCCGUACGGGGUCAUCCAGGUCGGGACCCAAGCCUUCAAGAGCAAAGUCAAACACGAGACCAUCAACCCAAAAUGGAACGAGGUGUACGAGGCCUUGGUGUACGAUCACUCAGGACCCAAUCUUGGCAUCGAGCUGUUUGACGAAGACCCCGACAAAGACGACUUUCUGGGAAGUCUGGUGAUCAACCUGGCCGAGCUCCAGAGGGAUCAGAAGGUCGACUCGUGGUUUGAUUUGGAGGAAGUGGCCUCAGGGAAGCUGCACCUCAGACUGGAGUGGUUAUCUGUGCUGUCCACACCUGAGAAGCUGGACCAGGCGCUGAUGAGCAUCAAAGCUGAUCGCGGUCAAGCCAACGACGGCCUGUCGUCCGCGCUGCUCGUCGUCUUCCUGGAUUCCGCCAAAAACCUCCCGAGCGUCUUCGAGGGGAACUUGGGCUCUGGCUACUUAAAAGAGAGGCGGACGGCCGGCCUCGUGUUUUGCGAGAACACCGCCUCUCUCUAUAGGACCUUGUUUCGCAAUCCGUUAGAGUUCAACCCAUCGGGGCUGAAGAGGGCCUCGGUCAGUAAGGCCAUCAAGUCCGGUAAAAAAGUGACCAGUGAUCCCAGUCCGUUAGUCCAGUUCACAGUGGGACACAAAUCCUUCGAGAGCAAGACCAGAUAUAAAACCAAUGAGCCCGUGUGGGAGGAGGCCUUCACCUUCCUCAUACACAACCCCAGGAGCCAAGAGCUGAAAGUUGAGCUGAAGGAUGAGAAACACGAAUGUUCACUGGGGACAAUAAAUCUGCCUCUGAGUCGCCUCCUGGAGGCCGAAGACAUGACGCUGAACCAGAGCUUCCCCCUGAAGAACUCUGGGCCGAGCUGCACCGUCAAGAUGAAGAUGGCUCUGCGGGUGUUGUGCCAGGUGAAGGACACUUCCGCAGCCUCAAACUCCGCCCCGUCCUCGGCGCUGGUCGGUAAGUCCUCCAGCCAGACGCCGCGAACGUCCGUCUCCUCAGACUCGAAGCCUCCCUCCAACGCCCCUGAAAGCCUCCCCUCGGCGUCUCCGUCGGCCCAGGACCUGAUGAACCGGCAGAGGGACACGGACGAAUAUGUCCGGUCUCCUGGAAGCACGGACUUGGGGCAGGGCGGAGGGGAAAGAGGAGGUCAUAGCCUGGCGGAGUCCGGCAGGAGCAGCUCUAAUCUCGCCAUCUCGGGCUCCCAGCAGUACCUGGCCGGAGGCAAAGAGCCGACGCCCAGCAUCGCAUCGGACAUCUCCAACCCCUACGCUACGCAGGAGCUGCAGCAGAGGCUCCACCUACUGCAGAACGGCUCAGGCCCCAGUUACUUCCCGCUGGGUGAGGUCCAGCUGACGGUCAGACACAGCUCGCAGAGGAACAAGCUCAUCGUCGUGGUUCACGCCUGCAGAAACCUGAUCGCCUUCACUGAUCAGGGGUCAGAUCCGUACGUCCGCCUCUACCUGCUUCCUGACAAACGGAGGUCCGGCAGGAGGAAAACUCACACGUUCAAGAAAACCCUCAACCCCGUUUAUGAUCAGACGUUUGAGUUCAGCGUCUCCCUCGUGGAGCUCCACAGACGGACCCUGGACGUGGCCGUGAAGAACAGCGGAGGUCUGCUCUCCAAACACAAAGGCCUUCUGGGAAAGGUUCUGGUGGACUUGACUCAUGAUGACAUCACAAAGGGUUGGACACAAUGGUAUGAGCUGAGCGAGGACGGUCUGACGAGGCCUCAGCAGCUAUAGACGUCAACGACACGUCGUCAUGACAACAUAUCGCCGCUUGACGUCGUUGCACCACGUUAUUUUAUUUUUCAUCACUUGUAACUGUAAAAAAAAAAAAAAAAAAAGCAGAAAAGCAGCUUUCGAUUCAUUUAAUCACAUCAGUCGCAAGGCAAACGUCCCCUUUAAGAAGUGAGUGAGAGUAUAUAUGCAACGAGUAGAAAACUAUAUAUGACUCAAUAUACAGUAGAAUCUAUUUUAGUCGUAAAGAUCGAAGAUGCGGAGGUUUGUAAAUAAUGUAAAGUGAUGCAGGAGGAAACAGACGUGCAGAGGAAGAUGUCCGAGGUCUCUGACUUGGCCAAACGAUUGUUUGUAAUUUUAUCUGUUUUCAUGAUUGUUGUUAUUUUUUUCUUUUUUAAUUGCUAAAUAUUCUGGACGGAGUUUCAGAGGCAGAGCGGGCGGCCGGCCGUGUGCAGGGAGAGACGUCACCAAAGAGGGCAGAAGUAUUUUUAUUUUUCCACCCUCGUGGAUUUUGGCAACACAACUGUACGCUGGCUUUAUUCCACUUUAAUAACGUGUGUAUUAACCACGCGAUGAGAACUUUAACAACACAAAUAUCGUGUUUCAUAUGAUGCAAGUUUAUUUCGCUCGAUAUCACAGACUUAAUAUACCUGCUGUUACACUGAAAUGAGGCCGCCACCUGAUUUUAAAAAAAACUAUUUGCACAUUUGUGUGUGUGUGUGUGUUUUUUAUGUGGUCGGGGAUCAUCUUUGUUCUUAUCAGCAACAUUUCCUGAAUUCAUUUAGGAUGAACACAUCAGUUUUAUCAGAUAAUUUCAUCUCAGAUUCAUUAAAUUCUUGUUUUUCUAAAUGUAAAAUUCAAAGAUUAAAGUCUUGAAAUGAUGAAAUAACGGUUUUAAAGGAAUACGCUUUGUUUUGGCUUUUUCACCGAACGUUAAACGCGAGUUUGAGUCCACCUGCUCUCACCUUUUCAGUUCAUUAGUUAUUACAUCAUAUGUCACAUUAAAUCGUUUUAUUGUUUGCUUGUAUGGAACAAACAAGAAAUCCACCAAAUAACCUCGGUGAAACCUCCAACGGAUGUUUUUACACUCAUCCCUGUCGCCGUGCUUUAUGCUAAGCUAAGCUAAGCUAACGGUCUCCUGGUUAAAAAAGAAAGAAAACAUGGAUUUAUCAAAAUAUUGAACUGUUCCUGAGUCACGUUGGACUUGAUUUAAAAAUGAAAAGUGUGAAAAACAACAUUUGUGUUAAAAAUAAAGACGUAAAGCAGCAGAGUGGUGAGAGAUCCACCCCCCCCCCCCCUUAUCGUUCGACCCCUAUUCUAAGAUAAUGAACAGUUUGUACAAAAACAGAUGAAUGGAUUCACCAGACACCUUCAAACUCAUUUAUCUUGAAGAUGCUUUUAAUCCCAAACUCUUUAUUUCCCACUUCCUGUUGUGUUCGUCGCUCACGUUUUGUCAAACAUCGGUCUUAACGCUUCAUCGAGCGUCAUUUUCAAAUCUACAGUUACUCACAAAAUGUGUCGUCUGAAGCAAAACCAGUGACGAAAAUGACCUUUCUCUGGUUUCCUCUCGAUUUGUUGAGUUUUUUUUUGUGUUUGCUUUUAGUUUUUUUGUUUAGUUUUGUUUUCCUAUUUUGUAUAUUUGUUAUUUUUCAUUUUGUAUUUGUCGUCUUUUGUUUUUUCACAUUUGUUGUGCGUCGCCUUGUGUGAAUACUCUUGUUGUGUCGUUCUCUGUAAUGAAGCAUCGAUCUGACAACGCUCGCUCAGAUUUACACCAGAUCAGAUGAUUUGGUUGUGAAUCAGUCUUAGUAUCGAACACCUCGUUGUGUUUGUGUGUCAAUACGCAGUCAAACAUUAGUGAUUGUGUGUUGACGCUGAGGCGGCUGCAGUUUGACCUUUGCCUUGUUCUCAUCCACAUCAGGCAUCGAGAGUAUUUUACAUAAACGUCUGUAAACUCGUUUAAUGUCUCAGUGUUUUUUUCCAGCUGUCGUCCUCUUUGUCGUUUCCUGUGUUUCAGUCACAUCUGUAGUUUGUGUGUAAGCCGUCGGAUUUGAACGCUUUGCCUCUGCGGGUGCAGUGUGUCCUUGUUUAUCUUGUUUUUAUCUUGUGCCUUAAAAUUCACACGGCCCAGAGACAUUUACGUGUUUGAAAAGAACCAACGUGUUUCAGAACGUCUCCUUAAUGAAACGAAUAAAGAGCUUCGGCUGUAGCAGCAGGAAGCUGAACAGCA